AUGGCGGGCGCGCCCCGGCCCAGGCCCCGCCCGGGAGCGCCGCCGGAAGCGCCCACAGCGGAACCCGGAAGUGCUCUGCGCGGCACAGGAAGUGACGUAACAGUGCCGGAAGCGCCGGCGGAGCGGCGGGAGCGCGCGUGCGCCGGGGCCGGAGCGGGGCGCGCGCAGCCCCCCCGGCCCCUGCGGCAGCUGGCGCUGGAAACCAUCGACAUCAACAAGGAUCCCUAUUUUAUGAAAAACCAUCUGGGCUCCUACGAGUGCAAGCUGUGCCUGACACUGCACAACAAUGAGGGCAGUUACUUAGCACAUACCCAGGGAAAGAAGCAUCAGACCAAUUUGGCCCGACGAGCUGCCAAGGAAGCCAAGGAAGCCCCUGCCCAGCCUGCCCCAGAGAAAGUCAAAGUGGAAGUGAAGAAAUUUGUGAAAAUUGGGCGCCCAGGCUACAAAGUUACCAAACAGAGAGAUCCAGAAACAGGCCAGCAGAGCCUUCUCUUCCAGAUCGAUUACCCUGAGAUAGCUGAGAGCAUCAUGCCCCGGCACCGCUUCAUGUCGGCCUACGAGCAGCGCAUCGAGCCCCCCGACCGGCGCUGGCAGUACCUGCUGAUGGCAGCAGAGCCCUACGAGACCAUCGCCUUCAAGGUGCCAAGCAGAGAAAUUGAUAAAGCAGAGGGAAAGUUUUGGACUCACUGGAACAGAGAAACCAAACAGUUCUUCCUUCAGUUCCACUUCAAGAUGGAGAAGCCCCCAGCCCCCCCAAACCCCCCCCCCCCCCCCCCCCCCCCCCCCCCCCCCCCCCCCGUUCCUGUCCCUGACUUGGGGGGUCAGUGGGGGACCCUGGGGGGCUCAGUGGGUGAGGGCAUGGCCAGGGCUGGGGUUCCUGACCAGUUCUGUGUUUCAGUGCUGCUGGGGCUGUACGUGCCAGUCCCCACGAGGAUCCCAUUCCAGACGCUCAUCCUCCUUUAG